AUGUACACACUACUACCUAAAACCAACUCUCAAAUUUCAGAUUGUCCCAUCUAUGAAACCACUUCAACCACCACCAUCCCAUUAGAGUACCUUUGUGAUGCAGUUUUUGCAGGAGGUAGUUUCUGGGAUGUUGAAGCUGCAUAUGGAUGCAUAGAUGGGGUUGUCAAAACUGUUACAGGUUAUUGUGGGGGAACACUCAGAAAACCAACCUACAGGGAGGUCUGUGAAGGAAGAACAGGCCACACACAGGCGGUUAAAAUCACUUAUGACAAUAGACAAGUUUCAUACAGAUCUCUCUGCGAUGCAUUCUGGGAAACCCAUGAUCCGACCAAUAAGGACUUUCUGAAUUUUGGGAUAAGUACCCACCUCAGGACUGUUAUAUUCUACUCAGCAGAGGAAGAGAGGAAGCAAGCUCAUGAAUCAAAGAUCAGAAGACAAAUGAAGCUCAAUAGGAGGAUUGUCACAAAGUUCAUACAAUUUGAGGGUGAUUUCUUCAUUGCAGAGAACCAUCAUCAGAAGUAUCAUUUGCAGAAACAUUACAGGCUUUGUGAAAGCUUGAGCCUUCGAAGCACUGACCAUUUUGUUCAGUCAAAUAUUGCUUGCAAACUCAACGGGUACGUCACCUAUCAGCCAUAA